CAGUGCCUAUGAUAAAGCACAAGGGGGCGGUAAUUCACCAAUAGGGUGCUUUCCAACUGUUGUUAAACAAAAACGAAGAAGGCGGACUUCAACGUGUAACAGCUGAGUGCCUGUGAGAAACCUUCCUGCGGUACUUCUCCUUUCAUCAUAGAACUUUGAGAUGGAGAAUGAUAUUCUCGUCUCGCUGGAAGAUUUAGGCUACCAGGGCCCUCUGUUGGAGGAUGGAGCUCUGGAUUCUGCUGUCAUGAGAGGAGCAGCUUCCCCGGAGUUCACCAAGCUCUGUGCUUGGAUCAUCUCAGAGCUCAGACUGUAUCACAAGCUGGAAGAAAAUGUCCAUGCUACUAACUGUCCCAGUGAGGCAGAGGGCUUCCAGCUGGAGAUGAGUGGUCUUCUGUCAGAGCUUGCCUGCCCUUACAGCACUCUGACCACUGGAGGCAUCACCCAGAGGUUUCUGAACAGAACUGACUGUCUGCUCCUAAUCACCUUUUUAGUGUCUGAGUUGGAGGCAUCAAGAAUGAUCCUGAUCAACAGGCCUCAGAAGAAAGCUCAGGAAUCCGGCAGCCCUGUCUUCCAGGAGCUGAAGGGUAUCUGCAUGGCGCUGGGCAUGUCCAAACCUCCAUCCAACAUCACCAUGUUCCAGUUCUUCUCUGGAAUCGAGAAGAAGUUGAAAGAAGCCAUAAGUCGAGUUCCACCAAAUCAUGUUGGAGAACCUCUGCUGAACAAGCCCCUCGGACCUGUUCAUAUGGAAAAGAUUGAGGCCAUCAACCAAUCUCUUGGAAAUGAGUAUGAAGUGAGAAGAAAGAUGUUGUUGAAACGUCUUGAUGUAACUGUGCAGUCUUUCGGCUGGUCUGAAAGAGCCAAGAUCCAAGCUGAGAAGUUAAGUAAAGUGUACCAGCCGCUGCGUUCUGCCCUCCUCACCAAAAGCAACAUUUCUGUCGCUCACCUUCUUGCUGCACGACAAGACUUCUCCAAGAUCCUUCGUACAAGCAGUGGCAAGAUAAGAGAGAAGACAGCCUGUGCCAUUAAUAAGGUUCUGAUGGGCCGAGUGCCGGACAGAGGUGGAAGACCAUGCGAGAUCGAGCCUCCGCCUCCAGAGAUGCCGUCCUGGCAGAAACGUCAGGAUGCCCCUCAAGGUGGAGGGCACUACAGUGGGUCCCACGGGGGCAGCAGAGGGGGCUAUGAUAGCUUUUCGUACGGUGGCCGUGCAGGCUAUGAAAGAGGUGGUGGAGGGGGGCACGAAGACAGGGGGGCCAGAGGAGUCGGUGGCAGAGGAGGGAAGGUGCAGGGAAGCUGGGGAGAGGGAGCUGGAGGGGGGAGAGGUGGGUACAGCCAGGGUCACUACCAAGACACAGGAAAUUAUCAUGGGGGAGGAGGGAGAGGAGGUUAUACGGGAGGGGGAGCCAACCAAGGAGGAUUCCAGGAUCAGGGCUUUCAUGGAGGAGGAGGUGGUUACAACAAUAGUUAUAGCCAGGACGGGGGCUGGCACCAGGAAAGAGGCGGUGGCCGUGGAGGCCGAGGGGGCAGGGGCAGAGGCAGCAGAGGAGGUCAAAGUGGAGGCUGGGGGGGUAGAGGUGGUCAGAAUUUCAACCAAGGAGGACAGUUUGAACAGUUUUUUCAACAUGGAGGGCAGCAGUACAACCAGGCUGGCUUCAAUCAAGGCAGACACUACACCAGCUGAAGAUGCAGUUCGGGGCUUUACAGCAGAGAUCAGAACACUGAAUUCAGGAACUUCAGAGAAAAGCCUUAUCUGAGCAGGUUCAGCAAACUGAAGCAAGAAAUAUGUCCUCUACAUAUUUUUAUUUGGGUCACGUUCUCCGUCGACUGUUAAGUAAUUGAAGAUAUAAUCUUUUGCGUCCUGGUAUGUAUUCAUUUUUGCCUUAUUAAUUCGUUUUGAAGCUGCCCUCCAGCUCUGUUUAAAAUAGCUUGUGUAGCUGGACUCUGCUGUGCUGAUUUCACCCUGUUAGUUAAAUCGGCCUUACUGAACGUUCUUCCUUAACACAGAAAGCGUUCCUCACAUGUCAGUGUUUGUGCACCUAUUGUGUGCAGUGCACAUCAGUACCACACACAGGAGGGUCACUGAAAUCAAAGAUUACUUGAAAGCGGUGUCAAUUUUCCAGUCCACGUUUCAUUUCAGUAUGUUUGACUGGAAAUUUCUAAGUUACUUAUUUAAAAGAUGCCAACUUGCACAGCUGUGUGGAAACAGCUAUUAAUGUUGGAAGGUUUGUAUGGAUGUGUGAAUGAGGAAUAAAAGGAAUAAAAAUCCCUUUUUGCA